AGUGUUUACUUCCGGCCGCCGCCGCCGCCGCCGCGGGCUGAGGGCCGAGCGUGUCGGGCGGCGGGCCCCGAGCAGCCAUGGACUGGCUCAUGGGGAAGUCUAAAGCAAAGCCCAAUGGAAAGAAACCUGCUGCGGAGGAGAAGAAGAUGUACCUGGAGCCUGAGUACACCAAGUCCAGAAUCACUGAUGUCGGCUUCAAGGAGCUGGUAGUGCUGCCCCGGGAGAUCGACCUCAACGAGUGGCUGGCCAGCAACACCACCACGUUUUUCCACCAUGUCAACCUGCAGUACAGUACCAUCUCCGAGUUCUGCACGGGAGAGGCCUGCCAGACGAUGGCCGUGUGCAACACACAGUACUACUGGUAUGAUGAGCGGGGGAAGAAGGUCAAGUGCACCGCUCCCCAGUACGUCGACUUUGUCAUGAGCUCUGUGCAGAAGCUGGUGACUGAUGAGGACGUGUUCCCCACGAAGUACGGCAGAGAAUUCCCCAGCUCCUUCGAGUCCCUGGUGAAGAAGAUCUGCAAGUACCUGUUCCACGUGCUGGCGCACAUCUACUGGUCCCACUUCAAGGAGACCCUGGCCCUUGAGCUACACGGACACUUGAACACCCUCUACGUCCACUUCAUCCUCUUUGCCAGGGAGUUCAACUUGCUUGACCCCAAAGAGACCGCCGUCAUGGACGACCUCACGGAGGUGCUGUGCAGCGGCGGGGGCCGCGGCGGGGGCGGCGGGGACGGGGCCAGCGGUGGGAGCGCGGGGGCACAGAACCACGUGAAGGAGAGGUGAGCCCCCGGCUGGACAGGCGUGCACGUGUGCAGAGAGACGGUGGUUCGUGUGCCUGCGUGUGCGCGCACACGUCCCGGGCACGCUCGGCGGGAGGUCUGAGAGGUUGACGCCCCCCCCCCAACCCGGCCUGGGCACACUGAGUGUGGGCUCCCCGGACGCUGGCAGGCCGCGUGACGGACUGGUUCCCGCCGGGGGUGUCCUGUUGGAUGGAUGAGUGCCGCUUGUCAAGAAGGACCUUCGGAUUUCAUUCGUUUGCUCGACAACGUUGAUGGGACUGCCAGUCUGAGUUUCCCCCUCCCGCGGGGCUUUCCUUUCCUUGGUCUUCCGUGUGGCCCCUGCCCCCACCGCCCCUGAGGGCUCUGCUGUUUUGAAAGAAAUAUGCCAGUGAGAGCUGGGGCUCCUUCCCAGGAGGGACUCUGGCUCACUUUGGUUUGUUUGCAGGUGGGGUUAUUCUAGAGAUUUCCCCCCGUCCCCCCGCAGACCUCCCUCUCCCGGCCUUGCUUGGAUCUUGGCUGUUGGCGGCUCAGAGCAGGUGGGGUAGGGUAGGGGUGGCCAGGGGUGCCCCAUAGGGGCCCUGACCCUGUGGCCGUGUCCCCCUCCCUCCCGCCCCUCUGCCCACGAGGGCCCCUGGACUGCUGGGCCUGGGACUGAGGUGCCUGGGCGAGCGGCCUGUGUGGAGAAGCGGCUGUUGGCGGAAGGCUGGGUGUCCCUGCUCGGCUCACCUGUUCGGUCGUAAUAAAAAGAAUUCUCUCAGGUCA